AUGAUGCAGCGCACGGUUGAAGAAUUUCUGGAUGGCCUCGACGGGGAUGUCUACGCUGAUAUUGAAGGGCUACCUGCACUUUUUAUCGAAGGCAAGCCUUGGUCUGCCCCGGCGAUCGCAAUCGCCCAAGAAGUCGCAACAUCACACAGAAUGGUAAUCAAAUCAUACGACGCUUUUGCUACCUGGAUCAAGGAUGUGGAGAAUGCGGCUCGACCUUAUCAGUCGACGGCAGGAAAUGCCACCCGGCGGAUAUGGCUUGAAACAAAACCUCGGCAGUCCCUCAUUCUCACAAAUGGUACUAGUAGCCGUUCGAGCGUUCUUGCGCUCGGUGAAAUAGGGAUCGAUUAUCCCUACAUCUUCGGUUUUCGAAAUCUGUGCGCGCACGCCAACGAGAUCUUUACCCAUCAACCUGCCCGUAUUAUCCUGCAUGAUUUUUAUCUCUUUGGGGGUAUUUUGGAAAUGUGGGUGUUCGACCGAGCAGGGAUAUAUGGAAGUAAAGCAUUCGACAUCCAAGAGACACCCAAACUUGCGACUCAAAUUAUUUCCAGCUAUAUGCUCAUGGAUGACCCCUCACUUGGUGUGGAUAAUAGGAUAAAAUAUGAUUGCCGAGGCAUUUAUAUUGAGUGCGAAUUUCCUGGUUCAGUCGAGGGUUGCCGGUUGUACCUUGAUGAUUCGCCGAUUUUUGCACGAGUCAACAAGUCCAUUCUCAGUGACGGGCUCACUUGCUAUCGUACUAGGUUAAAGACCUCCGAUGCCUGGAGCUAUGUUGUUAAGAUCAAAUGGUGUGAGCCCGACGAAGGUUCUGAGACUGAGAUGCUUGAGCUGGUUACGGAGAUGCAUAUCUGGGGAGUUAUUCGACUGAUUGAACACCAGAUUGUCUGCAGUACAAGUAAAUGA